GAUAACCAGAUUUUCCCUCUUCCUACCCACUCCAUUUUGAUUGAUGCCUGGGGACACCUUGAUACUGUAUCGUGGUCCAUUGACUUACCAGUAACUGUGUCCUAUUGUAUCACGUAGAGCGAGAUACAAUUAGGAAGUUGAAGAAAUUCGAAAAAGUUUCUUUUUUUUCUUUUUUUUUUCCCUCCCAAGAUCAGCGUAUCAAAGUGGCGCUACCCCUCUUUGCCCCUCCGAGAGUUUGACUACCCCUCCAAACGCAGGACGUUGGAAAAAAAAUUACCACUAACAUGCCCAAAACGGGUUAGGUACUGCUGUAAGUGCGGCUAGAAAUUUCAGCCCAGCAAAAUCGGUGCGAAGCAAAUUCGAGUGUGUUGUUAUGAUAGUAAUAUUAUUAUUUUAUGGGGAGGGUUGAGGAAAAUUUUGUAUGAUACGAGUAGACUACGAUGAAAAGGAAGCAAGAGAACAAGAAAAGGAAAAAAAAAAAGUUAGCCCUGCCUCAAAAUAUUCCGCUUGAGGGCCAUCAUCUGUCCACAGUGCCUCCCAGUCACAAAAUGCCAAGACGCACCGGAGGGUGGGGUUGGUAAGAAAAUUUACCCCUCUCCUUUAAAGUCCAUCCUCCCACUUACCACUACCCAUUCCUUUCUCCUUUCCUUUAUUCUCUUCCUUCUCUCCUUGUCACUGUGAGUCCCUCCCUUCCACACCACAAACUCCCCCCCUCCGCCUCCUCCCUCUCCCUCCUUGCUAAUUAUUGUGAAAAGCAUACCGAACAAAGUCUACGUUCUUCUGAGUAAUUCAAACCUUUACAUCUUUUUUUUUUCAACACCUUCGCAUUUUCAUACACAAUGGGGUAAGUUUGAAUCCCUUUCUCAGUUCUGCUUUUCGCCGUCUCCUUGGUCUCCCAGUCAACAUCUGCUCGAGACAGAGAGCCUGUUCCUAGGAAUUAUUGUUACUGAAUUUUCUUCUCCCGUGCAGUAAGGAAAAGACUCACGUUAACGUUGUCGUUAUCGGCCACGUCGAUUCUGGAAAAUCCACCACUACCGGCCACUUGAUCUACAAGGUACGCGAAAAAAAUUCGUUUCAUCCCAAUUGAUUUGAACAAGCGGCUAACCACUACAACCCAUAUAUAUCUAGUGCGGUGGUAUUGACAAGCGUACCAUCGAGAAAUUCGAGAAGGAGGCUGCCGAACUCGGAAAGGGUUCCUUCAAGUAUGCCUGGGUUUUGGACAAAUUGAAGGCUGAGCGUGAGCGUGGUAUCACCAUCGACAUUGCUUUGUGGAAGUUCGAGACUCCCAAGUACUACGUUACCGUCAUUGGUGAAUAUACCCCGCAUCCUUUCCUUUACCCACAUUUCCCAGUUCAAAUUGAAUUUUUCUUUUUUGGACAAGAUGCUAAUAUUUUCAAUCUCCAAACAGAUGCCCCCGGACAUCGUGACUUUAUCAAGAACAUGAUUACUGGUACCUCACAGGCUGAUUGCGCUAUUCUUAUCAUCGCCGCUGGUACUGGUGAGUUCGAGGCUGGUAUUUCCAAGGACGGCCAGACCCGUGAGCACGCUCUUCUUGCAUACACCCUCGGCGUCAAGCAACUUAUCGUUGCUAUCAACAAGAUGGACACCACCAAGUGGUCUGAGGACCGCUACAAGGAAAUCGUCAAGGAAACCUCCAACUUUAUCAAGAAGGUCGGCUUCAACCCCAAGUCGGUUGCCUUCGUCCCUAUCUCUGGCUUCAACGGUUUGCCUUCCAAUUCUUAGAUAUCACCUGUAUCAAUUGCUAAUGAUAUCUAGGUGACAACAUGAUUGAUGUUUCUUCCAACUGCCCAUGGUACAAGGGAUGGGACAAAGAGACCAAAGCUGGAAAGUCCUCUGGAAAGACCCUCCUUGACGCCAUUGAUGCCAUUGAACCCCCAAGCCGUCCUUCCGAUAAGCCUCUUCGACUUCCUCUUCAGGAUGUCUACAAGAUUGGUGGUAUUGGAACGGUCCCUGUCGGUCGUGUUGAGACUGGUAUUAUUAAGCCCGGUAUGGUCGUUACUUUCGCCCCGGCUGGUGUGACUACCGAAGUCAAGUCCGUGGAAAUGCACCACGAGCAGCUUACUGAGGGUCUCCCUGGCGAUAAUGUUGGCUUCAACGUCAAGAACGUCUCCGUAAAGGAGAUUAGACGUGGGUAUUCUUGUUUUACGUUUGCUUGAUAUUGGCUAAAAUUAACUAGGUGGAAACGUUGCCGGUGACUCCAAGAACGACCCUCCCAAGGGCGCUGAAUCUUUCAACGCUCAGGUCAUUCUCAUGAACCACCCCGGCCAGGUCGGAAACGGAUACGCCCCAGUUCUUGAUUGCCACACCGCCCAUAUUGCUUGCAAGUUCGCCGAACUCAUUGAGAAGAUUGACCGUCGUACUGGUAAAUCUGUUGAAAAUUCGCCAAAGUUCAUCAAAUCUGGUGAUGCCGCCAUCGUAAAGAUGAUUCCUUCCAAGCCUAUGUGCGUUGAGGCUUUUACCGAAUACCCUCCCCUCGGGCGUUUCGCCGUCCGCGACAUGAGGCAGACCGUGGCUGUCGGUGUCAUCAAGUCUGUCUCCAAGAUCGACAAGGCAGGGAAAGUCACUAAGGCUGCACAGAAGGCUGGUGCCAAGUGAGUACCACUUUGGCUUGUUUUAUGAUUGAUAGGCUUUACUAACAUUAUCGCUCCAGGAAAUAAAUGGGUUAAGGGUAGUGUGCUGGUAUGGUUUGUAGUUCUUGCGAGUUCUAGAUACUGUCCUGUUCACUUGGGCGUUAAAAAAUAAAAAAUGUUCUCAUGUGGGUCUUUUGUACGAAAUGAGAUACGAAAUCAAGUUCCUUUUUUUUCCUUAUGGUUUUUCCCACGGGUAGUUUUGUAGAUGGCUUCGUGAAUUUCCUUUGUUGGCACAUACCAUCGGCAUGUGUGGGGAAUAAAAUUAUUGCCUC